UAUUAUGUUUCGCAGCUUCAUUCUUAGCGAUUUAUGUUUACGUAUUGUAGUAGCGCCAUCUACUGUAGGCCUUGCACGAUAGUUUAAAGUUUCUUUUUUUUUUUUUUUUAAGUUGGCAUCUCUGACUGUGUCGUGUUGGUGACAGGAGGUUAUAUAAGCCCCUGCUCUAGGAAUUUCUCGUCAUUCUGUGUUAUCGUGCUGUAGCCUUCGCACGUAUUUGGCACUCUGCGAUAUUUUUCAAAUACCCUCCAAGCAAUUAACAAGAUGGGAAAGAAAAGGAAAAUUCGAGACGCUGAAAACGACAGGAUUGCUAAAAAGAUAAAACUACUGGAAAAUAAAUUACGACGAGAGAGGCGAAUAAUUUCAUCGGAUGAUAGCGACUCACACGGUGAGGAGCAAGUUUUGCCCGAUCUGACGCCGUCCAGUUCACCGGGAACUUCGCCACGAAGUAAUAUUAGAAUGAGCUUAGACAUGCCAAGCUUGUUGUCUCCUAUGCAGAAUACAUCGCCUUCUGAACAGCCUAACCCGGAGCCUACCACAGCGGAUGUGACAGUACAUGAGCCAGGCCUGCCGUCAGAUCCUGGGCCCUCCACCACAACUGGCGCUCCCAACGAGGAGUCUGAAGCUCAGCUAGAGGAAGAUAUCUUGCAGAUACUUGGCGAAGCACCUCAGCCGGAUAUUGUUUUAGGCAGAAACAUUCAUAGAGAUAUUGCAUCUCGCUGGCAAGAUAUUUUAUUAAAAGGUAUGACCAAAGAGUCAAAGGAACAACUUUUUAAAAAGUAUCUCAUUCCCGCCAAUUGUCACUACCUGGUUGCACCGAUUUUAAAUCCCGAAGCUAAAGCUGCGGUUCCUGAUAUAUUAGCAAAGAGAGACUGCACUUUAUUGCAAAAACAAAAUCAGAUCGGUGUGGCUUUAGCUGCGCUCUCUCAAGUUAUAGAAAUGAUUGUUAAGAAAGAAACUGCUACACAGCUACUUCUGCAGCCAUUAAGUGAUGCUUGCCGCUUGUUGUGUGACAGCCACAACAUGGAGACCAAGACAAGGCGAAGCAUUGUGAUGAGCACCAUAAAUACUAGCUUACGUGAAACUCUCACUAACAGCAGCCGUGACAAGUAUUUAUUUGGCGAAGAUCUAACAGAAAAACUAAAAGCCGCUAAAUCUGUUCAAAGAACCGGGGAAUCACUGCUCAAACCCAACCCAGUAGCUACUUCAAGCAAAAAUUCAAACUAUAAAAACUUGGCCUUACCAAGAAACCGGAAUUUAAACUACAGGGGUCAGACUCAGAAGAGACCACCGAACAGACAGGGCGAGUCAUCGAGAGGACGACCACCGGCGCGCCAACAACGCGCCACACCGUACGCGCGUCCGCCUCCACCUCCGCCCAAAGCGCCGUCGCCGACGAGGAGGCCCUACCGCCGGUAGAUACUCAGAUCAACCCACACGCUUCAUCGCAGUCUAACAUUGGCUGCCGCGAGAUUAUCCGGCAGACUUUACUGAAAAAAAUUUUAUCACCUAGGUCGGUCGAAAUUAUGCUAGCGUCCUUGUCAAAUAACACUUACAAACAGUAUGACGGCUCAAUAAAAGCCUGGAUAAAUUAUUGUAAUAUACAUAAUUACGAAUACACUAAGGCAUCUAUACCUGUGAUUAUCCAUUUCCUAACAGAGGUAUUUGACAAGGGUGCUAAAUAUGGAACAAUAAACUCUUAUAAAUCUGCGCUAGCUCUAUUAUUAGGAAAUAAUUUAGAAGAUGAAAGACUAAAGCGCUUCAUGAAGGGAGUAUUCAAAUUAAGACCAACUAAUCCCAAAUACAAUGUAACAUGGGACCCCAAUAUCGUCCUUAACUUUCUUGGACAAAAAUAUCCCAAUGAAAGUCUUGAUUUGAGAACCCUCUCCAAGAAGACGCUCACUUUACUUGCUCUUGUGACUGCACAUCGUGCACAGACGCUAUCUUUAAUCAAAAUAAAUAACAUAGUAAUUAAUCAAAACGAAAUUUUAAUAAAAAUUCCGGAUACAAUUAAAACAACAAAAUUAAAUUCACUGCAACCCGUUUUAAGGCUUCCAUUCUAUAAUCCACGUCCAGAAAUCUGCCCAGCUCGUUGUUUACAAGUGUAUUUAAAUAAGACAAAACCUUUACGUAAUAAUAACAAGACAACCUUAUUUCUAAGUACAAAAAAGCCUCAUUCUAGUGUUACUAGCCAGACCAUUAGUCAUUGGAUUAAAGAUAUGCUACAACAGAGUGGUGUAGACACUUCAAUAUUUAGUGCACAUAGUACACGACAUGCAGCCACAUCGAAAGCAAACCGAUUAGGAGUAAGCAUAGAAGUCAUCAAACGGACGGCUGGUUGGUCUAGUUCAUCCUCCGCCUUUGCUCGCUUCUAUAACAAAGAUAUUGUAACUAAUGAUGAUCAGUUCGCUGAAUCACUUCUUAAUUCUGUAGAAUGAUUGUAAUAAUAAUAUGAUGUACUUACCUACUAAGAUGAUUACUGUAAUAAAUGUUGAUUACAUAAAAAUAA